GAGUGUGUGUGUGUGUGUGUGUUAAAUUAUACUUUUGCGGGAGAGGAGCGGAGAAAAUUGUGAGGGAGAGAGUAUAUAUGUGCGUAUAAAUAAAAUACGUAUGUGCGUGUGUGUUCGCCUAAGUAUCUAGUGGUGCUCACCCUCCCCGGUUGUCAACUGUAUUGCAUCUGUUUAAUUUUGCUCUCUUUCUCUCUCCCUUCCCCCAUAUAGUGUAUGGUAGGGCAUCCCUUGACUUUUUGUUAGUCUAUUUAAAUACUUUUUUUUUUUUAAACUGAAAUUGGAACCUUUUAGAAUUUAUGCAGGCCUUAGACCUUUAAAGUACUAUCCAAAAAAAAAAAUCCUUUGCCUCUUGACUAAUCCUUGUUUCCACACUCCAAAUUCGUUAAGUCUGUGGUCUAGAGCAAUGGGGAAAAUCUGGCACCUGUUUGAUUAAAAAGAAAAGCUGUGGUACCAAAAGAUUAGUAAUUUUAAUGCAUUUUCUGAACAAAAACAUAACUGGAAAGACUAGAUAAAUUGCCAUGGGGAAGAAAAGUGAUUUAAAUGGCAUUAAAUCUUCCCGUUUCCAAAGACUGCCCACUAGGAUUUUAAUUAGUGUGUACCUCAUUUAUUGCAAAGAGAUGUCAUUAUGUGAAAUUGAUCGUUUUAAAUCAGAUCGUUGUAGAACAAAAGGCUACUUUUUGAAAUCUUGUGAACUUUACAAAAGUAAAGCAUAUCUUUCUCCAUUUAUCUUUUCUAUAAAUUGGGUUGUUUUUUUCAUUAAUAGAAUUUGCUUUAAAUGAUUUGUACCUGUAAUAGCUUAAAGUAAUAAAUGACACAUCCUUUUGGGUCACAUAGGGUUUUUUGAGUCAAUGCAUUUGACUAGUAAAGAAAAUCCAUUUUAAAUGAAAAAUCCAACAAGUUGUUAUUAGUUUAGUUCAUUUUGCUGAACUGUGUAAUUAAUAAGAAUUUUCAGUGAUGUCCUAUUUUAUUUAAGUGGUUUAGAUUAUUUUAAGUAUUUAUACUCAGAUAACCUCUUGCAUUUUUUUUUUUUAUGGAAAGUUUUGAUAAACAGAAAAGUGGCAUAGGCAAGGUUAUAUAGUUUUGUUUUCAGGAUCAAAUCUCUUGACUAUUUCAAGAAUUUUGUGCUGAUUCUCCUAUCUUAGGAUCACAAAUUUAGAGAUGGAAGGGAAACCUUAAGGUCAGUCAUCUACUUCCACCUACCACAUUUUAGAGAUGAGGGUCACUGAGGCUUAGAAGUGAAAUGAUUUCAUUAAGACCAUAUGGGUGAAGAAUGUGCAGUCUUUUUAACUGAUGAAGAACAAGGCUUUGUCUUCCUGUAAUUCUGAAGUGAAAGUUGAGUCACCAUACAAGAAAAAUAAAUCCACUUAAAAUAUAGGCAUUAGUAAUAGAAUGCUGAAACAAACCUCUGGAUUAGCUUCAUUGGCUUUCCUGCUUCUUUUGCAUCCCAAAGCAUAAGUUUAAAUCAUCUCAGAAGGACAAGAUCCGCCAGUUUAUGACAUUUACCCAGGCUGGUGAAAAGACUGCUAUAUACUGUUUAAUGCAGAAUGAGUGGAAACUAGAAGUGGCAACUGACAACUACUUCCAGAACCCAGACUUGUACUACAAAGAAUCCAUGAAAAAUUCAGUAGACAAAAAGAAGUUAGAACAAUUGUAUAACAGGUAUAAAGACCCACAAGAUGAGAAUAAAAUUGGCAUUGAUGGAAUUCAGCAAUUUUGUGAUGAUUUGGGGCUAGAUCCUGCCCAUAUCAGUGUUCUUGUCAUAGCUUGGAAAUUCAGGGCAGCCACUCAAUGUGAAUUCAGUAAAAAGGAAUUUAUGGAUGGCAUGACAGAGCUGGGGUGUGAUACUACAGAAAAAUUAAAAGCUCUUUUACCACGAAUAGAACAAGAGCUAAAGGAUGCAAUAAAAUUCAAAGACUUUUAUCAGUUUACCUUUAACUUUGCUAAGAACCCUGGACAAAAAGGUUUAGAUUUAGAAAUGGCUGUUGCUUACUGGAAUUUAGUCUUAUCUGGAAGGUUUAAAUUUUUAGAUCUUUGGAAUAAGUUUUUGUUGGAACAUCACAAAAGAUCAAUCCCAAAGGACACUUGGAACCUUCUACUAGAUUUUGGAAAUAUGAUUGCAGAUGAUAUGUCUAACUAUGAUGAAGAAGGAGCCUGGCCUGUUCUUAUAGAUGAUUUUGUAGAAUAUGCACGACCAGUUGUCACAAAAGGAAAGCGUAGUACCUUCUAAUCCUAAUUAUAAAACCGAACUGAAAUUACAAUCUGAAUUACAUCAGGUAAUGAAGACAUUUUGGCCAAUAACUAUGUCUAUGGUUACUGAUUUCAGUAGUCAUGGUGUGCCACUGAUCCAACUGCAUUCACCACUUCUACUCUUCUUCAAGAAAAUGAUGCUGAUUCAUGGACGCUGUAAGAAGUUGCUCAGAAAAUAGCCCAGGAUGCUUUGGACUCUAUUGGGAAUUGAUAAUUGUAUUGGUUCUAUCAUUUGGUGAGAGAUAACUGCAUGAUUUACACUUAGGAAAAUUUAACUAGAGCCCAUUUUAAUUAAAACUGCACAGCAUGUCAUUCAGCUCAUGAUCUAAGGUGAACUAACACCAGCAGUUACUACUGUAAUUAGAGAUUAUAGUACUUACAUAUUUAAAAGCAGUAUUUGUGGUAUGAAUUAAGUCCCUAUAUAAAUUUAAGUAGUAGGUUAUAUUUUUAUACAAGUCAAAAUUGUUAAAAGUAUUUACCCUGAUGAUCAUGAUCUUGUAAUGACCUCUUACUGACACUUUUAUACUUGGUGCCAGUAUACUAGAUUAUAUUUUUUUAUGUCAAUUUGCCAGCUCUAAUUUUUUUUUGUUUUAAUUUUCUUAAAUGUUCACCUGAAAUCAUUUAAUAAUUAUAAUAUCUCCACUUCAAUUUGCAUAGUGAUGGCCACACUUCAGGCUAUGAUUUAAGGAAAAAAUUUUUUUAGAUUGUUUACAAAUCAGCAGGCAUCCUUUAUUUUUUGAAAAGUAUUUUUUAUUUCUUGAACUUCUUGAAAAGUACUUAAAGUCUGUUUUGUUCACAAAUUGAUUUUUUUUACAUUACAUUUAAAAUAAUAUUUUUCCAUUAAAAAAAUACUUCUUUAUUAGUUGUGAAUUUUGGAUUCCUAGAUCAAGUAAGCCGAUUUUGUUCAACCAUCCAUAAUAUAUAUGAUAUAUCUCAACUAAAGUCAUUUUUAUAAAUUGUACAUAUUUGAAAACUAAAAUAUUAUGAUAAUCUGGAACAUAAUAGUGUUUGUUUUUUUCUGGGGGGAGGGAAUCCCUCUGAUUUGAGUGGACAGACUUAACUUUGCACUAUGUUAUCCUUUGUUUUUCACUUUAUCCCAGUCACCACUAUAGCACCAAGAUAAAUUAUUUUUCCAAGGCAUAAAUAAUGCCUGAGAAUUUCUUUUGCUCCCCUAUUGGGAAAGAACUGGCUUAUAAUUGAGAUUCCUACCUCAGCUUUGAUCAGAGGACACACAUUCAUACAUGAUUUUCACAGUACAGUUCUUACUUUACUUGGCUAGCUACAAUUUGAACUUACAUAUUUGAGGGAUUAAUUUUUUUAAAUGAUCCUUUUAAAAAAAGGAUUUAACACAAGUUUUCUUUAGUUAACUAUAAAUAUAUAAAAUACAAAUUGUAUAAAAUACAAAAUACUUAUAAAAAAUUAUAUCAUUCCUGAGAAACUUUUUAUCAAUCUGAUGUUCGACUUGAUGUUGCUAAAGUGUGAACUGGUACUGCUUUGGAUUAGAAUUCUUCUAAGAAAAGCAACUUGGUUCUACUGGGAAAAAACAGUUAUUGGAACAGGAACCCCAGUACCAUAGUUGUAGUCCCUGCCUUUGCUAUUUAAGAGUUUUGUGAUUUUUAGACAAAUUACUUAACCCCUCUGUGCUUCAGGCCUCUCCUUCCCAAGAUGAGGUUUCCGAGAAGGUGACUAGUAGUAAGAUGACUUUCAGCUCUGGCAUUUUAGUCUCUUGUUUUUUCUGCUAUGCAACUCACACAAUUCACAACCACCACCCUUAAAAGAAAUAUUCUUCAAAUGUAGCAUUUUCCCCUACAAUAAUUAUCAGAAUAUCAAUGAAAUUAGAAGACUAUUAAAAGAAUUAUAUCCAUUAUUUGCACUCUUCCACUGUUUGAGUUUAAAUCAUGCAUGCUAUUAAAGUGGUGGCUUGGGGGAGGGGAAAAAGGGAAAAGCUUGUAUUUAUUUGUUUCAUUUGUACAGAUUUCCUGUGCUAAGUUGUUAAGAAACAUCUAAAUAAAUCAUUGUGUGUAUUUGU